GCUGCUUUCGACAGUCACUCUCUUCUAUACUGCUCUUUCUUGCUUCACCUUCCUUCCUUCCUCUUCUAUUAUAUAUUUUUCCGCCGGCGUACGCUCCAGCGGAUAAGGGAAACACUCCGACCACAUUCGACGGCUCCGAAGUGAAAAUACUCGCAAUUUCAGUGGAGAAAUGGCUCACACUUUCGUCUCCACUUCGCCUUCUUCUCUCCGAUUCAACUCCCUUGCCUUCUUCGCUCCUAACCCUAGCUCCAACUCCGACCCUCUCAAGCUCUCUCUUCCUUUCCAACCCUUGCGUUCCAGGAAGUUGAAGAAGCUAGUUGGAAAUGUAAAAAACGCUCAGAAUUCAUCUAUCAAGGCCGUUUACUCCAGUGAGUUUUGGGUGCCAGAAAAGAGCUCACGUCAGGGAAUUUGGUCCAUAAGGGAUGAUCUGCAAGUCCCAACGUCACCCUACUUCCCUACAUAUGCACAGGGACAGGGGCCGCCGCCGAUGGUGCAAGAGCGCUUCCAGAGUGUCAUUAGUCAGCUUUUUCAGCAUAGAAUAAUUCGCUGUGGUGGUGCUGUUGAUGAUGACAUGGCAAACAUAAUAGUUGCUCAACUUCUUUAUCUCGAUGCUGUUGAUCCUAAUAAGGAUAUUGUUAUGUACGUAAACUCCCCUGGUGGAUCGGUUACAGCUGGAAUGGCCAUAUUUGACACAAUGAGGCAUAUCCGACCUGAUGUCUCCACUGUAUGCGUUGGACUAGCAGCUAGUAUGGGGGCUUUCCUUCUUAGCGCUGGUACCAAAGGAAAAAGAUACAGUCUGCCAAAUUCAAGGAUUAUGAUCCAUCAGCCACUCGGUGGAGCUCAAGGUGGACAGACUGAUAUAGAUAUUCAGGCAAAUGAAAUGCUGCAUCAUAAAGCAAACUUAAAUGGGUACCUCUCCUAUCACACUGGUCAAAGUCUGGAGAAGAUUAACCAGGACACUGAUCGUGAUUUCUUCAUGAGUGCGAAGGAAGCCAAAGACUACGGACUCAUAGAUGGUGUGAUAAUGAAUCCACUCAAGGCUCUUCAACCUUUGGCAGUUGCAGAGGGCAGUGAAGAUAAAUCUGCGGCGCAAACUUCAGCAGAGAGUUGAGGUGAUGGGGUCUAUGAACUUUCUUCUUGUCUUGACAAAAAGCACAUGAAUGAGUACGUUGUAGAGUCCGAUGAAAAGAUGAUUAUAGUUUGUUUACCCAGUUCUUUUAAAUGCUGAAUAAUUUUAGUAUUUGUCUGAUAAAAACAAUAGGAAAACCAUUAGUUUUGCGAUGGCACCUCUGAAUCAAUGAUUUAGAAAUAGAAUAUUUGCAAUUUUCUUUUAUAGACUUUUUUUCUCA